AUGAAAGUUGCGUUACUACGUUAUAUUCCUUAUUUGUAUCUACUAAGUUCAAUUCCAACAGCUUUCGUUGCUGGGGAUGCCGUCGUAGAUCAGCGCAACCGGGAAAAUGGUCAACUUAAUUAUGAAUGUAUAAACAAAAAAGUUGAACCGGAUGGUAAUGUCAUCUGCUUAGACAAUGUCCAUGAAAAAAGUGCGCAAGAAGUCAAGAUUAACAGUGCCAUCGGUAACGGCUCUGUAGAAAAGUUAACCUCGGCUAACUUCGAUGAUUUUAUAAAAUCAAAUGACAACGUCAUGGUAAUGUUUAUGGCGCCUUGGUGUAGACAUUGUAAACAUCUAGAACCAGAAUACGCUAAAGCUGCAAAGAAUUUACGUGACGAGAACGUUCGUUUUGCUGAAGUUGACGCCACUAUUGAAAACGAAUUAGCAAAUAAGCACGAAAUUAAAGGAUUCCCAACAGUUUACAUGAUACGCAAGGGUAAAAAAACUGCUUACGACAGUGGAAGAACAGCUGAAGCUAUAACUGAAUGGGUAACCUCAUUUCUUUCCCCCAUCCCAAAAAUAGCUUCAAGUUUAUCACAAGCAAAAGCAGAAGAGGCUAAAAUUGUAAAAUACAUUUUGGUUGUUCAUGAUGAAAAAGAUCCAUUAGUAGCAGAAUUUGUUAAUUAUGGAGAAAAUAACCGAGCUAAAGGGAUAUACUAUCAAGUAGUAGACCCAUCCGAGAAAAAAGCUUUAUACAUUGUUCGAGCUAACUCUGAGGUCGAAAUGUUGACUGAUUUAAAAGUAGACACUCUCGCGGCUCUUAUCGAUAGAGAAACUCUUCCAUUAUUUGGACCGAUAAAUGGAGAAAAUUAUCCAGAGUAUGCCAAGAACAGUUCAAACUGGGUUUGGUUUGCCGGAGCUAACAAAGACUAUGAAGCCGUCCGAAAAGCUGUUCAAACAGUUUCAAAAAAAUUCAGAAACAAGUUUAAUUUUGUAUGGCUUGAUACUGAACUUUUCCCUCAUCACGCACAAAGUCUAUUGAGCAUCAGCAACCCACCAGCAUUCGUUGUAACGUUCAAUGAUAAAAAUUAUAUUGCCGAUUUCAAGGUUGUCGACGCUACUGAGCAUAACAUCACUUCCCAUAUUGAGAAUGUUGUUAAGGGAGAAGCCAAACGUCACAUCAAGAGUGCUCCUGAAAGUGAAAAGGAUAAAGGAUGUUUGAGAACAAUUGUCGGUUCUAACUUCCGUAAACUUGUUUUCCAAAAACAAAAGGAUGUCUUAUUACUGGUUCACGUCCCUUGGUGCCACCACUGUACCCAGUUCUUCCCCAUUUUUAAAGAUUUCGCUAAAGAAGUUUGCAAUGACAAAUCUCUCAUGGUCGCUUCGAUUGAUGCCAAUGACAACGAAAUCGAUUCAGAUGAGUUCAAAUACGACGGAUUCCCCGCUGUCUUUUUCUUAAAAGCCGGAACUAAGACUCCUAUAGUUUACCAUGACGCUAGAACAAAGGAAGCAUUGCACAACUAUAUCAAGAAAGUUCACGUCAAAACUGAUACCAAACAAGAUGAAUUAUAA